AUCUGCUGCAACAAGCUUGACUCAAGAUGUAUCUGAAGAAUAUUGGUGCUUCGAACAAGGAUGAUGCCUUUUACAGGUAUAAGAUGCCUAGGAUGAUUACCAAAACAGAAGGAUGUGGUAACGGUACCAAGACAAAAAUUGUGAACAUGGUUGGUAUAGCAAAAGCACUUUCCAGGCCAGCACCCUACUUAACGAAGUACUUCGGAUACAAACUUGGGGCUAAUAGUGAGUUUGAUGAGAUUACAGGAGCUUUUGUUAAUGGGGAUCACAACACUACAAAGUUGAAUGGUCUCCUUGACAACUUCAUCACGAAGUAUGUCUUGUGCUAUGGAUGUAGCAACCCGGAGACCAAGAUUUUCAUCUCUAUCUCUAGGACAACUCAUGAUCCGAUGUUAUCACUGAAAUGCACUGCAUGUGGUUUUGUCUCAGAUGUCAACCCAAAUGACAAGCUCACAAAGUUUAUCCUUAGGAAUACAGAACCGAAAGGCGUAUCUUCCAAAGAAUCCAGUUCAAAAGGUGGCGCGGCAAAUGUGGCUACUGUUGGUGGCUCCAAUGAGGAUUAUUCGAUCUCACCACGGUUCUAUCGACAUGGUGGCAAUGUAGACUCUUCACAUGAGGAUGAGAACGACGUGAAGUGGCAGACCAACACCUCAGCGGGGGCAAUGAAACAACGCAUGCAUGAGCAGCUGAGUGUUUCCACCGCGGAAAUGGUUCUGCUCUCUAUCAAUGAGUUUUUUGAGAAGGAAAAACAGGGAACCCAUAAAGAUGUGGCUGUUAAUGGAUCGGCAAAACCUCAAAAUAGGAGUAACUCUGAUGGCAAACAAACCAUCCCUGACACCAACCCUUAUGAUGAACUGGUCGAAGAGAUCAAGCAUCAGUUGCGCAAUGCUGCCACAGCAGCUGAGCUCAAGGACCUGCUUUCCACCUCAACCCUUUGUUCCCAGGACGUGAUGAACGUCCUCUUUGAGGCUCUCUUUGAUGGUGUGGGCAAGGGAUUUGCGAAAGCGGUUGAGAAGAACAUGGCAUACCUUGCUGCUCUCGUACCUGACGAGGGUCACCAGGCCAAGCUACUUCAGGCCAUCGAAGAGUUUGGCAGCAAGUGCAGUGCUGCGGCCUUGAAGCAGAUCCCAUUUGUACUUAGAGCCCUCUAUUGUGGAGAUGUCCUUGAGGAAGAAACCAUUCUCCAGUGGUACUAUGUAGCCGUUGCCGGUGGCAAGAACUCUAAGGUCCUGCAGAAUGCCAAGCCAUUCGUGGAGGGUCUUCAGAAUGCCGAUUAUGAAUCUGAGCAAGAGUGAGCCGAUUUUGACACGACGAAGAGCGGACAGAGCCGAUGCUGCUCCUAUGCUUUUCUUCAAAUUACAUUUUUCUUAAUAAUUGUCAGUUACUCAGUUAGUUACGUCAUGUGUCUUAUGUCAAGUCUUUAAGCAGGUAGACCUUACAGGAUUGCUUUGGCGCCUGUGCACGGUAUCUUUUUUUUUUAUGAUGGUGAAGUGAUAGGUGUCCAUCGGAUGCUAAUGUUUCA